AUGGACAAAGAGAGUAGACGCAGACAAUGUUCAAUCCUAUAUACAUCAUCGGAUUCAACUUCUUCAUCAUCAUCUUUGGAUUAUCGUGAAGAAAAAGAUACCUUAGGUAUUGUACGAGUACCGGCAAAUCGUUUAUAUGGUGCACAAACACAACGUUCAUUAAAUAAUUUUCAUAUUGGCACAAUGGAUUGGAAUCCGGAACAAAUGCCAAAAGAACUGAUUCGUGCAUUUAUUUUAUUAAAAAAAGCAUGUGCCCAUGUAAAUCAAUUGAAUGGUGAUUUGGAUGAACGAAGAGCUCAGGCAAUUCAACAAGCUUGUGAUAUAAUCCUGGAUGAACAAAAAAUUGACAUGAAACAUGAAUUUCCAUUGAUAAUAUGGCAAACUGGUAGCGGUACACAUACCAAUAUGAAUUGUAAUGAAGUUUUAGCAAAUUUAGCAAUGAAAAUUCUUAGCGAUGAAAACAUCAAAAUUCAUCCAAACGAUCAUUGUAAUCGAUCACAAUCAUCAAAUGAUACAUUUCCAACUGCAAUGCAUAUUGCCAUUGCAUUAGAAUUAAAUGGAAAACUAUUACCAGCAUUAGAACAGCUAUAUAAAUCUUUGUUAACAAAACAAAUGGAAUUUGUAAAUAUCAUUAAAAUUGGCCGUACACAUUUGCAAGAUGCAACACCCAUAACACUUGGUCAGGAAUUUUCUGCUUUUUCUCAACAAAUCAAAUUCAGUAUUGAUCGUAUAAAAUCAGUAUUAGAACCGCGGAUCUAUUAUUUAGCUAUUGGUGGUACGGCUGUUGGAACCGGGUUAAAUUCACCCGAAGGUUGGGAUCAUGAUGUUUGCAAAGAAAUUUCCCGAAUAACUGGAUUAAAUUUUCGUCCAGCACCAAAUAAAUUUGAAGCAUUAUCAUCAAAUGAUGUAAUGGUUGAAUUAUCCGGUGCGUUUAAUGCUUUAGCAUGUAGUUUGAAUAAAAUUGCUAACGAUAUUCGUUGGUUAGCAAGUGGACCACGUUCAGGCCUGGGUGAAUUAUCGCUUCCAGAAUUAGAACCAGGUUCAUCGAUAAUGCCCGGUAAAAUUAAUCCAACACAAUCAGAAUCAAUGACAAUGAUUUGUGCACAAAUUCAAGGUAAUCAUUUAGCUGUUACAAUUGGUGGUAUGCAAGGUCAUUUUCAAUUGAAUGUUUUUAAACCAAUGAUAAUUGCAAAUAUAUUACGUUCAUCCAGGUUAUUAACUGAUUCAAUUCAAUCAUUUCAACGGAAUUGUAUUGAUCAUAUUCGUCCAAAUGAAAAACGUAUCAAACAAUUAAUGCAAAAUAGUUUAAUGCUGGCGACAGCAUUAAAUCCUUAUAUUGGUUAUGAUCAAGCUGCAUUACUAGCCAGAACAGCAUAUAAAGAAGAUGCCCGUUUAAAAGAUACAGCAAUCAAAUUAGGUAUGAUGACAGGUGAACAAUUUGAUGAAUGGAUAAAACCUGAUGAAAUGAUUCGACCGACCAAGAAAAAGAAAGAAAUUUUCAAAGUGAAAACUUGA